AUGUCGAGGGCCCAGGGAGGAACUACUAAAGUGGGGGGAAAGAAUCGGGCGGAAGGGCCUGGGACUUUGGGCCUGUGUCUGUACACCCGGAAAGUGUGGGGCGAGCGCGACUCCGUGCCGCUGCAGCAGCAGCAGCAGCAGCAGCAGCAGCAGCAGCAGCAGCAGCAGCAGCAGAAGCAGCAGCAGCAGCAGCAGCAGCAGCAGCAGCAGCAGCAGCAGCUCGUUAAAGCGCGGACUUGGCUCCUUUUGUGA